AGCAGUGUAGUAAUUGUUAGAUCAUUGUCCUCUGUGGGUGGAGUCAUGGGCGGAGCCAGGCUGUCUUCAACAAGUCAGACAAACAUGCUCAUGCAGUCAGUCAAUCUCAGGCACUUGCAGGAGAAGUCAGUUACUAUCUGGACUAGCAGUGGGACAGGACAGAAGCGUGAGCUGCACCUGUCCCAUACAUACACACUCAGGGGAGAGAUCACACACAGUCUCUAUGUGUGGCUGGGACCAGAACCUCCUGUAGUUCUGUUAGUCUGCCACUCAGACUCCAAUUUUAGCGACAUUCAGAUGCAGACAGGACUUCCUUCCUAUGUUUUCCUCUGUUUGAGGCUAUUUUUCUACCCAGGGGAGAAAACAGGGCGAGGGGAAGAAGAGCAAGUGAUAGAUAAAAAAGACUUUUGAAUUAGAGAGGAAUAGACAGAGAGAAAGAGAGCUUCUGAUCUGUCCUGUCCUUAUGACAGGGCUGCCUCUCAUCACAGCUCGGCAAUGUUGACUACUGAGGGAGCACCCUACACCGGUGACAAUGAAGAGCUCAAGAUGGACGUAGAGGACGUAGACAUGACAAAAUGGACGGAGACAGAGUUUGAGGAGAAAUGCACCUACACAGUGAAGGACCACAUCUGGGAAGGUCCCCUGGAGUCCGCAGACCUCACCCGCGCUGAGGCGUCCUUACCUCGUAACUUAGCCUUCAAACACCCAAGAGACUCCAAAGAGGUUAUUGGUGUAGUAAGUCGAGAAUACAUCCCCAAAGGCACCCGCUUUGGCCCCCUAGUGGGAGAAAGUUACACUGCAGAAAACGUCCCCAAAGAUGCUAACAGAAAGUACUUCUGGCGGAUAUACUCGAACGGAAAGUUCCAUCAUUUUGUGGACGGUCUAGACGAGGAGAAGAGUAACUGGAUGCGCUACGUGAACCCAGCUCAUUCCCAACAGGAACAGAACCUCGCUGCUUGCCAAAAUGGCAUGAACAUUUUCUUCUACACGGUGAAAGCUAUCCCCGCAGACCAAGAGCUUCUGGUGUGGUACUGCCCUGAGUUUGCCCACCGUCUCAACUACCCAGCCUCUGGAGAGCUUAUGAUGCAAAAACUCACAGAGCAGAGCCUCAUUGAAGUCACUCAGCAAACGGAUGUCAAGAACCCAGUGAAAAGGGAACACAGUGUUUCAGAGAUUUUGAAGGACGUACUGCAAGAACCUAGCAGACCACUCUCCACCCGUCCCCACUGCCUCAACAGCCCAGACCGACCUCUUUACUCCAGAGCUCUCUACCCGCUCCGUCCCUCUCUGAAUGAAGAGUUCUUAAAGAGCAGCACAGCAUUUGUGCCAGCCCGUUCUCACAGACAGUAUUCGGUUACACCAAGUCCUUCAGCACACAGCAGUCCUAUGAGCAGUCCAGAAGGCAGUCCCACACCAGCAUCCCUUGAGCCGAAGGACACCCUGCUGUCUUUUUCUCCAGCACUCUACAGUUGUGGCCUGGGCCAUUACCCAGGGUACGCACCAGCAGGCCCAAUGUCUUUCUAUCCUAACCCGCACUAUUCACGCUACCUCAUGCCCCACUAUCCAGUUAGCGGUUUGAGUGGGCCACCUAUAUUCCCACACAUGUACCCCUUUUACAAUGGCUUGGUACCUCCUCAUAUGCCCUUUCCAUCUGCCAUGCUUCCACCUGAGGGAGGAGGGCAAUCAAACAUCCUGCGCCCAGCAGCCACCAGUGCCUUUUCUGCAGCCAUUUCUUUGAAAGACAAACCGCUCCAUGUACAUAGACAUCCCUACGCUCCCACUGGUGGCUCCCCAACAGCUGGUUGUGCAGCCUCUACAGGUCAUCUGCCUACUAAGCCUACCUCAGCUCUUUUGGCUACCAGCCGCUCAGAGGACGAGGCCAUCAACCUCAGCAAGAUGAAACGAGGCUCUGCAGGCUACAAAAGUCUAGAUUACCCAUUAAAGAAGCAAAAUGGGAAGAUCAAAUAUGAGUGCAAUGUCUGCAGCAAGACGUUUGGUCAACUGUCUAAUCUGAAGGUGCACCUGCGUGUCCAUAGUGGCGAACGACCAUUUAAGUGUCAGACUUGUAAUAAAGGUUUCACGCAACUGGCCCACCUGCAGAAACACUACUUGGUACACACUGGAGAGAAGCCACAUGAAUGCCAAGUGUGUCACAAACGCUUCAGCAGCACAAGCAACCUAAAAACCCACUUGCGACUGCAUUCUGGUGAAAAGCCCUACCAGUGCAAGAUCUGCCCAGCCAAGUUUACACAGUAUGUUCACCUUAAACUGCACAAACGUCUGCACACACGAGAACGUCCGCACCAGUGUCCACACUGUCACCGCAACUACAUCCACCUCAGCAGCCUGCGGCUCCACCUUAAAGGCUACUGCUUAGCGGCGACCCCUUCGCCCAGCUGCAACUUGGAUGAGCUCAACCGUGUCAAUGAGGAGAUUGAACGCUUCGACAUCAGUGAUAAUGCCGACAGGCUGGAGGAAAUGGAAGGAUUUGACAUUGAGAGCAUGGUGGAGAAGCAGAUCUUUGGGAUGCUCUGGCAGGAAAUGGAUUUUAAUGCCUCUUACCACAAAGGUACCACCGUAGGAGACCUUCAUCCCCCAACACCUCCGUAUUGUCUAAAUGAGCCUGGCUGUGAGGCCUCUGUCAUCAAGGUUCAUUGCAGCAGCCCUCUCCCGCUCCUCCCUAUCACGGUUAAAAAGGAGUCAGAGGAGGUCAUGGAAGACUAGUCUUGCUUACCUUUGGCUGCCUGCCUAGUUCUCUAGGUUAGGUUGUGGACUGCUACAAGUGUACAUAAUUCUUCUCACAGGAAACAGGCUUUGGCCUUUAUGUUCAGGGACUUGAAGUACUCAGGGCUAACAGACAUUGAUCAAGUCUAUCAUUGGUCUAGUAUGUCCUUCACAAAAGACAAUCACAUUCUUUUAUUAACAUUACCGACUAAUUAAUAUUAUUUGCUUUUUGUGGUGUUUAUUUCUGUUUGUUUCUUAAUCUAUUUAAUUUAUGUUAUUGUAUUGAAAUGAUGUUUACGAUGACUGGUUAAUUCAUUGUUAUUUACUGUUUUAUGUAAAUGUUUCCUACAUAUUUCCUAAUAUUAUGUCAUUCUUUUGUGAAUAUUUUCUAACAGUAAAUAGUUAUGACUGUGAUUUUUUUGUCUGCCUAAAGAUGAGCACAUUCAGGUUUAUUUUUAUUGUGGGGUGAGGUUUUGACAUAGACCUUUUUGUUGAAGGCUUUUUUACUCUAGUUGAGGUCAACGGCAUCUAUGUGUUGUGUAACAUUUAUUCUCUUUACGUUGAGCUAUACACAAUUUAAUAAUUUUAAAAAGGGCAUAUUAUAUAUUACCAACAACUGUUACCUCAGACUGUGGGAAUGUAAGUGUGUGUGUGUGUGUGUGUGUGUGUGUGUGUGUGUGUGUGUGUGUGU